AUGGCCCACAAGACAGCUCAAGAGGUAUCCCGUCCAGUGAAAAAAACAGCAUCAGCAUUUCGACCAAGGCCUAGUCCAGCAGAAGUCAUGCACAAUCGAAUUGUAGAAAUGCAGAAACGAGCUCUCCUUAGGGCUGCUAGGAGGGAAGGCAGAGAAUCAGAACUGGCAGCAUCUUCUCUCAUCGUCUCUCAGAAGAAGCGUGAAGCACACACACCCACUGUCAAAACUCCCACUAAAUCAGCACCGACUUCCAGUGGUCCUGUUUGGUCUCCAAAUUCAUUUUACAACAAGAAAAAGCCAGAACCAGCCACAUCUACAGAUGAUAAGAAGCUAGUUACCAUUGCCAGUACGGCUUCUAAAACAGAAAAGCGUGUGGCACAUGAACCAACUCAG